GAGUUGUUUCCCGUAGCUUGGACAUGGGACAUGUCGACAGUCUGGGUCGACCCCAAGACGGACGCAGCGUUUCCGGAUGCAGCGAUGGUCGUAUAGCAUUUGGUUGAUCUUGGCAGGAGCGCCCACACCGUCCGCAAGCGCGGCUACACACGGUGAUGCAAGCGCCGUUGAGACCUAUCUCUAUCCAACUGAGGCCUUCGCCCUCUCAGUGGCACCACUGUGUAAGGAGCUCAACGCAUCCCUUGGGCUUCACCUGGGCCUUGAGCACUACGUCGCCCUCACCAGCGCGGGUACCGAACACCCUGCAGCACGAAGGUUUGCUGGGCACGUGGCUGAGGGCAAGCAGUGGCUGGAGCUGGAAGUGACGCGGGCCUUGGGCUGGGAUGAGUCCUUCGUCCAGCUGCGCGCCCUUCGGCUCCGCGUGGACCACGAGCUGCGGAACGCGUAUCGCCUGAACUGCACGCUGGACGCGUCGUAUCUCUUGGGUGAUGAGGUGCCAUCGCUGCUCCUGGAGGUGGACACAGAGGAAGUCUACGACUGGUUCCGCUAUGCCGGAUACCUGCGCUGGGCAAAGUACAUCCUCCAGCAACUCGAGCGAGGUUCCUCGAGCGUGGGCGACGGCGCCGUGGACCGCAGGGGCUCGACCACCUUGGUGGACCUCGCGGGUGGCGCUGGAUGGCUCUCGUUGCUGGUGAAGGCAGCGCUGCCCAACGCCACUGUGGUCUACACAGACCUCUCAGCCUCGGCCUGCGCCGUGGCUGAGAAGGCGAUGCAGCAGAACGCCGUUGGGUCGGUGGAGCUGCGCCAGGGCGACUUCUUUGAGCCCUUGGAAGGUGUGUCCUACGACUUCAUCUUCAGCUACCCGCCCCAGGUGCCAGACGCGGACUCUGGCGGUGGCGACGGCCGCGGAAGCCCUGAGCUGGCGCUGAGGGCGGCGGAUCCCAUGGAGUUCCUGGAGCGGUUCUGCCGGGAGGUCUCCUUUGGCACGGCCGGAUGGCUGGGUGUGACCUGGGAGCUCGUAGAGACGACAAUGACGGUCUGUUGUCAGCAAGGUUGGAAUGUGAGCAUUCCGGAGGCUUUCCAGCAAGACAUCAACCUCCCGGCCGUACUCCUCGAGCUCCGGCGCCCGGACACGCCGCGGACCGCGCCCGGAGACGGCGCGGAUCGCCGUGCCUGCGCGGAGCACGCACGCCGCGCGGCGGGGCGAUGCCGCGAGUGGCUCAUGCGGCAGGGACAGCUGCAGAGGUCAGCGGAGAUGGGACAUCCUGCGGCGCAGACGAAGUGGGGAAUCCAGCUGAUGCAGCGCUCGGCCGAGUGGAAGGAUGCCUCCCUCCAGCAGGAGGCCAUCCGCUGGUACAAACGCGCAGCACAGCAGGGCGAGAUGGCGGCCGCCACACGGCUGGGCUUCUUGUACUUGACUGGCGAUGGUGUGAAGAAGAAUGCCAAAAAAGGCCUUGACUACUUGUGGCGCGCGUCUCUGCAGGGUGAGCCCGGUGCCAUGUUUGGUUUGGCCGAGACGGAGGCCUUGGCGGGCCACGAGGAGGCAGCGAAGCAAUGGUACCGGAGGUCUGCCGCGCGCGGCUUCACCGAAGCCAAGCGUCAGCUGGGGCUCUUUCUUUUGUCCCGGUCUGGUGAGCACUCGGAAGAGGCCUUUGAGCAGCUCAAAGAGGCCGCAGCUGAGGGUGAUGCCAAGGCGCACCAGCUGCUGAGGCAGUACUUCUUCCAGACUUCCCAAGAACUUUGAGGCUGCUGAGCGGCAGCUGCGGGAUUGGCGUGCACGUUUCUUGGAGCUUGCAGAGCUGCGCUAGACUCGACAGAGGUCUGCGAUUGCUUGCGACGUGAAACGCCGGCGUUUCGCUGCCUGAGAACGCCUUUGAGUCACCGAGAACGUGGUUCCAGACAUGAUCGCAAAGCAGGAAAUAGGCUGAGGGAAAUGCUGAAUCCCUGAACUCAGGGAGGGUAGAAAUGGGCCUCUAAGGUGGAUUUUUGCAUGGAGUAAAUCAUUUCCAUAUGGAUCCACAAACCUUCUGAUGUAUAUAGUAUAGGCUUGGAGUGUCCAAGUAUCUUCUGAGAAGCUAUAUGGAUCCCUAGGGUUGGUCUCGUCGGGCCUAUGACAGAUCUUCCAUCCAAAAGUCCGGAGCCCGCAAGAAUACAAUCACUGCAGAAGAGGCAGUGGGACAGCACACUAAAUAAACAAUGGGGUCUGCUAUGGGGAACUCAUCCUUCUAUCCCCUGUUGUUCAGAGAGUUGUAAAGCUUCAUGUGCAAGCCAGUAGCGUCAAGUUUGUGGGGUUUUUGUGGUGCAAAUAGAUCUUCAUGCUUGGCUUAGC